AACUGUGCCGAGUAAAUGAAUAAAUUUUUGGUAACAUUGAUUGCGCUGACAGUGUUACAUGACGCUGUCAAUGGCGUGCCGUAUGGCUCGUACGGCAAGAAAAGUAGUGACGUUGGUGUAGGAUCAGGCGGCGGUGGAGGUAGUUUUGGUUUCGGUGGCAAAGGAGGUGGAGGAGGCGGCGGUUUUGGUAGUGGCUCCGGGGGUGGUGGUGGUGGCGGUUUUGGCUCUGAUGGUCACGGUGGUGGCGGUGGCGGUUUCGGCCCUGGUGGUUUUGGUUCUGGUAGCGGACGUGGGGGUGGCGGAGGUGGCGGCCUAGGCUCCGGAGGUGGCCAUGGCGGUGGUCUUGGAUCUGGCGGCUUUGGUUUCGGUGGCCAAGGAGGUGGUCUUGGGUCAGGUGGCGGUCACGGAGGCGGAUUGGGCUCUGGUGACGGCCGUGGCUCAGGAGGAAGUUUCGGUUCCGGCGGAGGCUUAGGUGAUGGGUUUGGUGGUGGCCGUGGUUCUGGAGGUGGUCGUGGAUCCGGUGGAGGUCAUGGUGGAGGUUUAGGCGAUGGCUUCGGUUCCGGCGGUGGCCGGGGCUCAGGGGGAAGUUUCGGCUCUGGGGGAGGAUUAGGUGACGGGUUUGGUGGCGGUCGCGGUUCUGGAGGUGGUCUUGGAUCCGGUGGAGGUCAUGGCGGAGGUCUAGGUGACGGACUCGGUUCUGGUGGCGGUCGUGGCUCUGGAGGCGGUCUAGGUUCCGGUGGCGGCCUUGGAUCAGGUGGUGGUCAUGGCGGAGGGCUAGGUGAUGGACAGGGUUCUGGUGGCGGCCGUGGCUCCGGAGGCGGUUUGGGUUCAGGUGGGGGUCUUGGAUCGGGUGGUGGUCAUGGCGGAGGUCUGGGUGAUGGAUUUGGCUCCGGUGGAGGCCGUGGUUCUGGAGGCGGUCUAGGCUCUGGUGGGAGCCUCGGAUCAGGUGGUGGUCACGGUGGAGCUAUAGGCGAUGGAGGUGGUCUGGGUUCUGGUGGUGGUCUGGGUUCUGGUGGUGGUCGUGGUUCAGGGGGAGGAUUUGGUAGUGGUGGCGGAGGAGGGGGAGGUUUCGGAAGCGGGGGUGGCUUUGGUAGCGGUGGAGGUGGCGGAUUCGGCAGCGGUGGAGGCUUUGGAGGAGGCGGUGGCGGUGGAGGUGGUGGUAGCGGUAGUAGUCACGGCGGUGGUGGAUACAAAAAGCACGGUUAUUGAACGUAAACUAAAUCAAUUGAUAUACCCAAAAUUUUUAAUAAAGCGUUUGUUAUUCUGUAAAGUUAAGAUCAGUAAUUAGUUUGAAAAUUGAAAGGGGUAAACAUUAUUAAAAAACCUCUACCACGCUUUUACUAUUAAAAAAAACUACCAAAGAACUGGAAGAGACUAACACGUUUUUCUAUGCAACUAAUUAUGUUAUGAGAGUACUUUAUCCCUUAAUGUAUUAUUAUUUGAUUUCCAUAGGAUUUUCAUUACGAAAAGGUCAUAAGUGUGCGACUAAGCAGGCAGCCUUUGAUUUAUACAUUUUUGUACUUAUGUAAACAAAUUAAUAUUGCUAUCUACAUCGAAAACUAGAAUACAAAACAAAAUAUUCAUGAUUUUCUUAUCAAUUGCGAAAAUAUUAGGAGGAAAAAAGCAAUUUGUUUACUUUAAAAGAUUAUGAAAUGUUAAAUAAAACAACAAAAUAACAAAUUUAAAAAA